AUGAAAGAUAUAUCGCAAUAUACCAAGCUGCUGUUGCAACAGCCACCUGCAUUGACUCCUAAAGACCUUCACGCCGCGAUAAAAUUGAUCGUCGAAAGUUUGGCAAAUGACACGCUGAAUUCUCUUGAGGUUUACGUGCCGAUUGCAAGCUUCCUCACCAGUCUGCGUACUACAGGCCUUGAUUUGAAAGCAGACUAUAUAGCCGAAGCUGCGAAAGCCGUUCUCAAAUACUCCCACGUCGUGACUCUUGAUGCAGCUCAGAAAUCUUCGGCUUUUACCGCUAUUGACAUCGUUGGCACCGGUGGCGACGGUCAAAAUACCUUCAAUGUAUCAACUUCAUCUGCCAUCGUGGCAUCGGGAAUUCCAGGCAUCAAGGUCUGCAAGCAUGGCGGGAAAGCCUCAACGUCCAACAGUGGGGCGGGUGAUCUCAUCGGGGUUCUAGGCUGUGACACAUCUAAGAUCAACAGCCGGACUGUGCCGCAGUUGUGGAAUCAGAAUUCGUUCCUAUUUCUGCUCGCGCCGUUCUUUCACGAUGGUAUGAAACACGUUGCGCUGUUGCGCAAGCUUUUGAAAAUCCCAACCAUAUUCAACGUUCUAGGUCCACUUUUACAUCCAGUUGGCUCAGUGCAAAAAAGAGUUCUUGGUGUUUACUCCAAAUCUCUAGGUCUCGAAUAUGCGCGUGCUGCUGCUAUGGUGUAUCCUAACAGUGAAACUUUUGUUGUUUGGGGCCAUGUGGGGCUGGACGAAGUCUCGCCACUUGGAAGGACCACAGUAUGGCAUACUAAACCUGCUCCCUCAUCUAGUAUAGCCUCUUUUGAAGUUGAACCAGUCAUGUUCGGCUUGAAAGAGCAUUCCUUGAGUGAAUGUGCCUCUCUAGGGCCUAAAGAAAACGCAGAAAUUCUCACGACCAUACUUGAUGGAAAAUACCGUAAGGGUGAGAACGGCAUAUAUGACUACAUAUUGCUCAACACUGCGCUACUAUAUUGUUUGACAAGUGGCCAGCACAAUUGGGAAUUGGGAGUUCAAAAAGCAGAAGAGUCUAUCCAUUCUGGUAGCGCACGGAGAUCAUUAAAUCAUUUCAUAGAGUGUACCAAGGCUCUGUAA